AUGACCUCCCUAUGAGAACAUGUCUCUUGCAAAGGAUCUCCUUUAUCCCUCUCCAGAGGAGGAAAAGAGGAAAUACAAGAAAAAGCACCUGAUGCAGAGCCCCGAUUCCUACUUUAUGGAAUCAAAGUGCCCAGGAUGCUAUAGAAUCACCACGGUCUUUAGCCAUACAAAGACGGUAGUCCUGUGUGUCGGCUGCUCCACUGUCCUCUGUCAGCCUACAGGCAGAAAAGCAAGACUGACAGAAGGAUGCUCCUUCAGGAGGAAGCAGCACUGAAAAGCACCGGAUUCGAGAUGA